AGCGCUGUUCUGCUGAGACUUGUCUUAAAGUCAUCAUUUCGACGAGAAAGUUUUGAGAAGAUCGAAACGGAGCUGGUGCCAUGGCAUCACUUCAGCUUCAGCUAAGUUUUGGUUACCAAUCUUCAUCCUGUCGACACCUUCCCAUUUCCACCUUCUCAUACCCAUCCAUUCGUUGCGCUAAUGAUCGCCAGCUGCUUUUUAACCGCAUUGCUCCUGUCUAUGAUAACUUGAAUGAUUUGUUGAGUUUGGGUCAGCAUCGUAUCUGGAAACGCAUGGCCGUAUCCUGGACUGGAGCGAAAUUGGGAGACUGCGUGUUGGAUCUGUGUUGUGGAAGUGGGGAUUUAGCAUUUCUCUUGUCUGAAAAAGUUGGCUCCAAUGGCAAGGUGAGUGGUCUCGAUUUCUCAAAGGAGCAGCUAUUGAUGGCUUCAUCACGGCAACAUUUGCUUUCAAAGGCCUGCUACAAGAACAUCGAGUGGAUUGAGGGUGAUGCUACAGAAUUGCCCUUUCCGGAUUGCUACUUUGAUGCUAUUACCAUGGGUUAUGGGCUACGAAAUGUGGUGGAUAAGCGGAAGGCCGUGCAGGAGAUGUUUCGAGUACUGAAACCAGGUUCUAAAGCAUCAGUGCUUGAUUUUAAUAAAAGCACUCAACCAUUUGUUGCUUCAUUUCAGGAGUGGAUGAUUGACAAUGCUGUUGUCCCUGUGGCAACUGCAUAUGGUCUUGCGAAGGAGUAUGAAUAUUUGAAGGGCUCAAUCAGAGAAUUUUUAACAGGGAAUGAGUUGGAAGAACUUGCUCUGGAAGCAGGAUUUUCUACUGCUAAACAUUAUGAGAUUAGUGGAGGCCUAAUGGGGAAUCUAGUAGCCACACGUUAGAUAAGGUUGGUUCUCAGUUUAAACAGCAUGUUUCAUAGUUUUUGCGGGGAAAGGACAUAUUAUACGGGGUUUGGUAAUUUUUGUGUUUAGAAUGUUGACUGCAACUUAGGCAUGUCAAAUGAUGAACUCAAAGCCACAAAAAACUUGGCUACAUAAAUAAUAAAUCCAUUACAAUCAUUUUGAAA